AUGUGGGGCAUAACUGUGGAGAAUGAGCCCAAAGCGGGCAAUGAUCCCAACUAUAAAUUCAAUUGUUUGGGAUUCACUCCCGAACUUCAAAGAGAUUUCUUGAAACUAGAUUUGGGACCCAUUCUCUCAGCGGCCGGUUAUGGACUCAACACAACUGAGCUCAUGAUCUUUGACGACCAAAGGUCUCAGAUUUACAAUUGGGCCAAAACUAUACUCACCGACAAAGAAGCGGCUAAAUAUGUGUCGGGAGUGGCCUUUCAUUGGUACGAGAAUUCUGUGGAAAACAUACCAAACCUCGAUAAGUCCCAUGAGGUGGACCCAUCCAAGUUCAUACUGAACACAGAGGCCUGUGAGGAAUGGAGGGGUCACGACAAACACGUAUAUCUGGGCAGUUGGGAUGCCUUUGAGAGAUAUGCCAACGAUAUUCUUGUUGAUUUGAAUCACUGGACAAGUGGUUGGGUGGACUGGAAUAUAGUGUUGGAUGAGCAAGGUGGUCCCAAUUGGGUGGGCAACUUUGUCGACGCACCCAUUAUAGUGAAUGCUAAGAGCCAGGAG